CUAGCCUUUCGCUUCCCUUAAUCCCUUCAUAAACGCAAUUCUCAUUCUCACCCUGUUCUUUUUUUGAGCAUACAAUGUCGCUUGGGAGGACAACCGGUGUUGUGCCAAUCAAUCCGGAAGACUACGUUCGAAAUGCAGCACAGCUAGAGAUCAUGCAGCAAACCUUAGAUCAGUGGAAGAAUGCAAAUGACAUGGGGCUCGCCAACUAUGAGCAGAUGGAACGCGAGCUACAACACAAGCUCGAGUCAGAAGAAUGGGCCGCGAAUCAGACCAGACAGCGACUUUUGGAACUAAGAAGCAGGAACAAUGUUUUGGCUUUGCCAAGCAGCGCACAAGCAACGGCUUUGCAACCGGCUGUUUCAAGUUCUGCUAGGAUCGAGGAAAUCCCUUCCGCCAACAAUGCACCAAGACGUAACUGGUCUCAUAACGUCCCCACUGCAGGACCUUCGCUGGCAGGCUCAGUCAAUCAAGUCGAAAUUGGUCGGAACCCCUAUCAACACCUUGCGCAUCCGCAAAGCUUCUACUACUCGAAUGCAAUACCGCAGUCUCAAUCACACACACAACAAAACCAUUCGCAAGCUACUCAGACUCACUUCCAGGUCCCUCCAGUAGCCACUCACUUCCAGGGUGUCAGAAGGGCUCAAGCACAAACUAUGAAUCCACCGAACAACGUCAUCGUUCAACCCAUCCCGCAAGCUCCUCCGCCCUCAUUGAGCAAUAUUAUACAGCAACCUAUCUCGCCGGUCUCUCAGCCUGCCCCCCAAGUCCCUCGACCCUCGAGCGAUGUCAUUCAGCAACAUGUCCCGCAAGUCCCUCAGAACACAAACCCGUUCCCCAAAGUCGCCUACCAGACCCCCAACAAGAACCCUGCGUUACUGGCCACUAAUCCUCUCGUCAAAUUCCCUGACCACACUGCAAACGUCAUAUCAAGCUCUCCCCAUCCCUCGUCUAUCGCCAGCAAGAGUGCUGCUGUCCCAGUGUCCCAAACGCUCUCAGAAACCCGCUCCACUCACUUAGCCUCGACCCAGGUAAAACAUUUUCUCUGGCUUCAGGACUGCGUUCUAAAACACUCAAAGAAGCCAAAUACCAAGAUUGAUUCAUUUCGAAAGCGUGUCAGUGAAUGGGCUAAAUGCGCUCCAGAGAGGGCUUUCUGCUCAACGCGUAUCAAUGGAAUUGAGCUCUAUCCGUAUAAAGAAGCCACGAGUAAAAAUGUGGGGGUUCUGUUUCGUGACCCCAAAACCUCUCAGUAUCGGGACAUCACAUCCAUCGAAUUAGAGGACAUUUUGGAGGGCAGGUAUCUACCUACACGUACCCCACAGUCUACCAACAUAUCUCAACCGCAAAGUGCCACCACCUCAGCACAGUCGUCAUCUACUUCCAUGAUUUCUGCUCCAAAUACCCCCAUAGCCAACGGUGCCACGCAAAAGCUACCGGUACAACCUGACACUCCGCAACGCACCCCAGCACAGGCGAAUAAAGCAACCAUAGCACGGGACGUCUUGCGUGUAUUAGGUAGACCUUCUGGGGUUCUCCCCCCACUCAACCUAAAGCCACAAAACAAGGCUCCGGCUCCAAAACAACUUGUGCUGAAGCCGACGCCUCCAAUGUCCCAUGGACCUUCAGAUGCAUCUCAAACAAUCGCCGCCGCGGUACAGCCAGCUGAUGGAGGUUCUACGGCGUGUAUGGGAGAAUCUCACACCCCACCCUCAACGCGUCGAGCUUCCAAUGCACAUAAUGUGGAAGAAAUGCAGGCAUCAGUUCCAGGUCAGAAAGAUAUGGAUAUAAUUGUUCUCGAUUCAUCAGGAUCGCCGGCCGGACAUGGCAAUGGAACUGGUGAAGUUGUUGGCAGCGAAGAUUCCGAACCUAACAAACCAGCCGAAAACCGCAACGAAAAAGAAAAACCGGAAGAAACCGUCCAAAAUCAGCCUGUAGCCAGCGGAUCAUCCAAGCCGCUAGACGACUUGGUUUCGCAGAAUCAUGAUAUGCCGUUUCGGCCAAAAACACCAUUAUUUUUACCCUCCCCGGAACCUGCCUCGCUAGAUGUACCGUCUCUAGAGUCCACGAAGUUCAAGAACCCAAGGAUCCGUAAAACCCUCGAUUAUGUGGAGAUACCCCCAGCACCGGAGUAUGUUAAAGACGACCGGGAACGACUUAGACGAUCAAAGCGGCAGAAAGCAGGGAAUUUUCGGGACGAUCUGUUCGAUGAAGAUCACGAGGCUGCGCAAACUUCGCUGGCAGCUCUCGUGCAAGAAGCAUAUGCUAUUACCCCUCGAUCUACACCUGAAAGCAGUUGGAGAGAUGUUGCCGAAGAGGCGGUUUGGCAAGAUACCACCACUCGAUUGCAGUACUCUCCUUGUAGAUGGCGACCUUGUAACGCUGUGAUGAACUCGGUAGCCCGUCUUGAACGACAUCUGAAAGAACAUGUAGAGAAUAUGGACGAUUGUGAAGUGGUCAAUUGUCAGUGGCAUGGCUGCGGGCGUUCUGAAACUUCCAAAGCCGACUUACUUGCGCAUGUCAUACACCAUGUACGAUCAUCCCUUGCAUGUCCCUAUGAAGGCUGCGAGAAUACCUUUCGGACGUUGCGACAGCUUUCCCGUCACUGCUUAGAACAGCAUAGUAACGGCACACUAAAGCCCUCCGCCGACCCAUCAGUUCCCUCCCAUCCGACAACACCUCCUGAGUGUCCCGAAGUCCUUCCCUCCUAUAUGGUGGUUGCUAGGCAUGUAUCCCACCACCCAAUGACACGUGAACGACAUCAAUCGGCCAGCGCAGCGGUUCUGAAGAGAAUCAUGCCCCGAACACAUGACGUUUACGGGCUGAAGCGAAGCCAGUUGAAGCGACGAGACGCGCAGACAACACCUCCUCUAGAGGAUGACUAUGAUUUCGUUGCGUACCGAGCUUCACCGUCUUGCAGACCAUCGUGCGCAGCCAAAAUACGGCACUUGCCCGAUCUCAGGUCAAGCGAAAUUUCGACAAUGGUCCACAACGGACUGACAUUAUGGAGAGGGGAUGCCCCGUUACCCAAUCAAGAAGAAGUCACAGAGAUAACUCCGCAGACGAUGAAGCAGAAUUCGGAGGUUGAGGUUGAGAAAAAUAUGUAA